GUACACACUUAGCCUACUAUAGUAUCUCAUGACCUAGCUUCGUUAUAACUUCACGUAAGACUUUUCUGAGCGCUCUCUCUGAACGUUUUUCACUCCCAAAAUUUUGUAAUAAUCUUGGGAUACUCUCACUUCAUCAAUCAAUUCUUCAAUUCUGAUCAGUGGACCACUACAAAGUUGCAUAAUAUUAUAAUAAGCUGGGUUCUACUACAUGUCACAGAGUUAGACUUGCUUGAUUGGGUAUCACGCAGGAGAAGUGUGCUGACAGUGCAGUGUGUUGUGUACAUUACAUAUACAUUGACCGUAACGUAUAGCGAUAACCCUUUUCGUAAUGACAACUUUUGGAAGAGCCCGAAGUGUCGCGAGCAAGUUCAUCACGCGACAACCAAGCAUUCUGAGAAUGGCAGUGAACGGGGAGAGAUCAGUCCUCAUCACCAACGGCACCAUGAGCUGUCAGGGAAAUGGAGUUUCAAAGAGGGGCAAAGUAUUGUCUUUAGAAACAAUGAAUCCACACAUACGAUUGAUGGAAUAUGCCGUCAGAGGCCCCAUCGUCCAACGUGCCACGCAGAUUCAGAAGGAAUUGGAACAGGGAGAUACCAAGGCUUUCCCCUCAGUUAUCAAGUGCAAUAUUGGAGAUGCUCAUGCGAUGGGUCAAAAACCAAUGACAUUUCUCAGACAGGUGGUAGCUCUAUGUACAUAUCCAGCGCUCAUGGAUGAUCCCAAAUUCCCAUCAGAUGCAAAGCAGAGGGCGCAGAGGAUACUGGAUGGAUGCAAAGGAGGCAGUUUAGGUUCAUACAGUGAGAGCACCGGGCUUGAAAUCAUCCGUAAAGACGUGGUAGACUACAUCAAGAGGAGAGAUGGAGGACUGGAGAGCAAUCCAAAGGAUAUUAUGCUGUCUGCUGGAGCCAGCGAGGCCAUUAGAAUUGUACUUAGGAUGCUGGUGUCUGGAGAAGGUAAAGAGAAGACUGGUGUCAUGAUCCCCAUUCCACAGUAUCCCUUGUAUUCAGCUUCAUUAGCAGAGAUCAAUGCAAGACAGAUCAAUUAUUACCUCGAUGAAGACAACGCAUGGGGUCUUGACAUAGCCGAGCUUCAAAGGUCGAUAGAUGAAGCACGGAAGCACUGCACACCUAGAGCUAUAGUAAUCAUCAACCCAGGAAACCCUACAGGCCAAGUACUUAGCCGGCAAAAUAUAGAAGACGUCAUCAAAUUUGCUUACAAGGAGAAUCUCUUUAUAUUGGCUGAUGAGGUGUAUCAAGACAAUGUAUAUGCUGCCGGUAGUAAAUUUUAUUCUUUCAAGAAAGUACUCCAUGACCUAGGACCUGACUACGCAGGACAGGAACUCGCGUCUUUCAUGUCAACGUCAAAGGGAUACAUGGGAGAGUGUGGAUUAAGAGGUGGAUAUUGUGAACUAGUAAACAUUGAUCCUGAUGUACAAGCUCAACUCUUCAAAGCCUGCACAGCAAAGCUUUGCCCAACAGUUAGCGGGCAGGCUGUAAUGGAUGUGGUGGUGAACCCUCCACGUGAAGGAGAAGAAUCAUAUGAGUCAUUUCAAAAGGAAAAGAAGCAUGUCCUGGAUACUUUAGCAUUGAAAGCAAAGGUAGUUGCAGAUGGAUUUAACUCCCUCGAAGGCGUGAAGUGCAAUGCAGUUAUGGGAGCUAUGUACUCAUUUCCAAGUAUAUCACUGCCAAGGAAAGCGAUAGAGAAGGCAAAGGAGUUGGGUAAGCAGCCUGAUUUAUUCUACGCUGAACACUUCUUGGAGGAGGCUGGUGUUUGCGUGGUACCUGGUAGCGGUUUCGGCCAAAGAGAAGGAACCUAUCACUUCAGAAUGACGAUUCUACCAUCCGUUGAGCUGAUCCACGAUGUCAUGGAAAGAUUUAAAACCUUUCACACAAGGUUCAUGGAAAAGUAUGGCGACAGCGAAUCUGUGAAUGCCAAGAUGUGAACAAACUCUGAAAUAUGUUGAUCAAUUUAGUGGUUUCUGAUACUUGCCAAGACUUUGAUUUUAACAUGGGCAAUAAUUUUAUUAACUCGUGACAUGCCAGAUCUGUGGGAUUUAUAUGUUUUGUGGGAUGGCAGUUGGUGGCAUGUUUAGAGUUGAUAGGUGAAAGGUCACAGAUGCGCUUCUAUCGAAUCGGAACAAAAAUGAGAGGAAAAUGGGAAUUUAUCUUUGAAUUCAGCUAUGCAGACGAGCAAAGUGACUUGUUGGAAUGUUAACGCAUCUGCAGAAACCCAAACAAGAUUGUUGCUUUUCUCAACAGAUGGUCACAACAUCUUGAUUGCCAUCUUCAGCUGAAAACUGUAAAGGUGAGGUUUGAAAUAAUAUAGGGCCCCACUUGUAUGGAUUUGA